CUGGGGCUGGGGGCGGCGGCGGCGGCGGGCGGCGCGGGGCGGUCCGGCGGGUUCAAAGAGGAAAACAUGGCGGAAAACAAAGGCGGCGGCGAGGCUGAGAGCGGCGGCGGGGGCAGCGGCAGCGCGCCGGUAACUGCCGGGGCGGCCGGGCCCGCGGCGCAGGAGGCGGAGCCGCCUCUCGCCGCUGUGCUGGUGGAGGAGGAGGAGGAGGAAGGCAGCAGGGCCGGCGCGGAGAGCGGCGCGGCAGGGCCCGACGACGGUGGGGUACCCGCGGCCUCCUCCGGCUCGGCCCCGGCUGCCUCUGCCCCUGCAGCCUCCGUGGCCCCUGGAGUUCCAGGGGGUGCGGUAUCGAUCCCGGCCCCAGCUGCAGCCUCGGCUCCGGCUCCGGCUCCCUCGGCGGGGCCGCCUCCUGGACCGCCAGCCUCGCUCCUGGACACCUGCGCCGUGUGUCAGCAGAGCCUGCAGAGCCGACGUGAGGCGGAGCCCAAGCUGCUGCCCUGUCUUCACUCCUUCUGCCUGCGCUGCCUUCCCGAACCCGAGCGCCAGCUCAACGUGCCCAUCCCGGGGGGCAGUAACGGCGACAUCCAGCAAGUUGGUGUGAUACGGUGCCCAGUAUGCCGCCAAGAAUGCAGACAGAUAGACCUUGUGGAUAAUUAUUUUGUGAAAGAUACAUCUGAAGCUCCUAGCAGUUCUGAUGAGAAAUCAGAACAGGUAUGUACUAGUUGCGAAGACAAUGCAAGUGCAGUUGGCUUUUGUGUAGAAUGUGGAGAAUGGCUGUGUAAGACAUGUAUUGAAGCACAUCAAAGAGUAAAAUUCACUAAAGAUCACUUGAUCAGGAAGAAAGAAGAUGUCUCAGAGUCUGUUGGAGCAUCUGGUCAGCGCCCUGUCUUCUGCCCUGUACACAAACAAGAGCAGUUGAAACUUUUCUGUGAAACAUGUGAUAGACUGACAUGUAGAGACUGUCAGCUAUUGGAACACAAGGAACAUAGGUAUCAGUUUUUGGAAGAAGCUUUUCAAAACCAGAAAGGUGCAAUUGAGAAUCUACUGGCUAAGCUUCUUGAGAAGAAGAAUUAUGUUCAUUUUGCAGCUACUCAGGUGCAAAAUAGGAUAAAAGAAGUAAAUGAAACUAACAAACGAGUAGAACAGGAAAUUAAAGUGGCCAUUUUCACCCUUAUCAAUGAAAUUAAUAAGAAAGGAAAAUCUCUCUUACAGCAGCUAGAGAAUGUUACAAAAGAGAGACAGAUGAAGUUGCUGCAGCAACAGAAUGACAUCACAGGCCUUUCCCGGCAGGUGAAGCAUGUUAUGAACUUUACAAACUGGGCAAUUGCAAGUGGCAGCAGCACGGCACUACUGUACAGCAAGCGAUUGAUUACUUUUCAAUUGCGCCAUAUUUUGAAAGCACGGUGUGAUCCUGUCCCUGCUGCUAAUGGAGCAAUACGUUUCCAUUGUGAUCCCACCUUCUGGGCAAAGAAUGUAGUCAAUUUAGGUAAUCUAGUAAUAGAGAGUAAACCAGCUCCUGGUUAUACUCCUAAUGUUGUAGUUGGGCAAGUUCCUCCAGGAACAAACCACAUUAGUAAAACCCCUGGGCAGAUUAACUUAGCACAGCUUCGACUUCAGCACAUGCAACAACAAGUGUAUGCACAGAAGCAUCAGCAGUUGCAACAGAUGAGGAUGCAGCAACCACCUGCACCUGUACCAACAACAACAGCAACAACACAGCAGCACCCUAGACAAGCAGCCCCUCAGAUGUUACAACAACAGCCUCCAAGAUUGAUCAGUGUGCAAGCAAUGCAAAGAGGCAACAUGAACUGUGGAGCUUUCCAGGCCCAUCAGAUGAGAUUGGCUCAGAAUGCUGCCCGAAUACCAGGGUUACCCAGGCACAGUGGCCCUCAGUAUUCCAUGAUGCAGCCACACCUCCAAAGACAACACUCAAACCCGGGGCACGCUGGACCCUUUCCUGUUGUGUCGGUGCACAACAACCCAGUCAAUCCAACCAGCCCUACUACAGCCACCAUGGCAAAUGCAAAUCGAGGUCCCACCAGCCCGUCUGUUACAGCAAUAGAACUAAUUCCCUCAGUGACCAAUCCAGAAAACCUUCCAUCGCUUCCAGAUAUUCCACCCAUACAGUUGGAAGAUGCUGGUUCAAGUAGUUUAGAUAAUCUACUAAGUAGAUAUAUCUCAGGCAGUCACCUACCCCCACAGCCCACAAGCACCAUGAAUCCCUCCCCAGGACCCUCUGCCCUGUCUCCAGGAUCAUCAGGUUUAUCCAAUUCUCAUACACCUGUGAGGCCCCCUAGUACUUCUAGUACUGGUAGUCGAGGCAGCUGUGGGUCAUCAGGAAGAACUGCUGAGAAGACAAGUCUUAGUUUCAAGUCUGAUCAAGUGAAGGUCAAGCAAGAACCUGGCACUGAAGAUGAAAUAUGUAGCUUUUCAGGAGCUGUGAAACAAGAAAAGACAGAGGAUGGCAGGAGGAGUGCCUGCAUGUUGAGCAGUCCUGAGAGUAGCUUGACACCACCUCUCUCAACCAACCUGCAUCUAGAGAGUGAGCUGGAUGCGUUAGCAAGUCUCGAAAACCAUGUGAAAACUGAACCCACGGAUAUGAAUGAAAGCUGCAAACAAUCAGGGCUCAACAGCCUUGUUAACGGAAAGUCCCCAGUUCGAAGCCUCAUGCACAGGUCGGCAAGGAUUGGAGGAGAUGGCAGUAACAAAGAUGACGACCCAAAUGAAGACUGGUGUGCUGUCUGCCAAAAUGGAGGGGAUCUCUUGUGCUGUGAAAAAUGUCCAAAGGUCUUUCAUCUAACUUGUCAUGUUCCAACACUUCUUAGCUUUCCAAGUGGGGACUGGAUAUGCACAUUUUGCAGAGAUAUUGGGAAACCAGAAGUUGAAUAUGAUUGUGAUAAUUUGCAGCAUAGCAAAAAGGGGAAAACUGUACAGGGGUUAAGCCCCGUGGACCAAAGGAAAUGUGAACGUCUUCUGCUUUACCUCUAUUGCCAUGAAUUAAGUAUUGAAUUCCAGGAGCCAGUUCCUGCUUCGAUACCAAACUACUAUAAAAUUAUAAAGAAACCAAUGGAUUUAUCCACCGUGAAAAAGAAGCUUCAGAAAAAACAUUCCCAACACUACCAAAUCCCGGAUGACUUUGUGGCUGAUGUUCGUUUGAUCUUCAAGAACUGUGAAAGGUUUAAUGAAAUGAUGAAAGUUGUUCAAGUUUAUGCAGAAACACAAGAGAUUAAUUUGAAGGCUGAUUCAGAAGUAGCUCAGGCAGGGAAAGCAGUUGCAUUGUACUUUGAAGAUAAACUCACAGAGAUCUACUCAGACAGGACCUUCGCACCUUUGCCAGAGUUUGAGCAGGAAGAGGAUGAUGGUGAGGUAACUGAGGACUCUGAUGAAGACUUUAUACAGCCCCGCAGAAAACGCCUAAAGUCAGAUGAGAGACCAGUACAUAUAAAGUAAAAUGACAUGAACUUAAAAUCAAUUGUUUAAAAAAAAAAAGAAAGAAAACUUUUAUUUAAGUGUUGCUGGAAUAUCUUGCCUACAGUGGGCACCUCCUUGAAGAAGCUGAUAGCUUUUUACACAGUAUUAGAGUGAAAUAAUGGACAGAAAACAUAUUCUUAUCAAGAAAGGGGGAGAGAACUCUAUUUGCAACUUUAAAAGCAAAAGUGAAAUGAUUUGAAGAUUUCUGUUACUAAAGAGGAUGGUUCUGAUUGUUAGAAUGGGCAGAAGUUCAUGAUCAUUUGGUACUGAUUGGUGCAGGAUACUGAGUGUUUAAGUACUUAAGGGUCAUGCCGCUGGUUCAAUUGUCUCUUUGGACUAGAGAGCACAGCUAUUAAAACAACUUUGAUGCCUCCCUCUGCCCACAUAUACAUACCGGCUUAUUUUCUAGUUCAACAUCGAAGUUGCUCAGAUUCCACUUUGAUGUCAGUGCAGAUGUGCAUUGGAUCAUGCCGUUACAUUUUUUUCUCAUUUCGAUGCUGUUGGGCCUUAGUUUUUAUAUUGGUUUAAAGAACUAUUCAUACUUAAGAAUCUAGGAAACAUGACCAUUGAUUGUCAUUUAAUCAACUUUAAUAUUCCACUGAAAUAAAUGUGGUAACUUUUCAGUACCAGAUUAUUAACAGUAGCAUUUCCAAAAGACACUUGCACAGACUCACACUUCCCAAUCAAAUCCUCUGACCAUACAGUUAUUCCCAUGAAAGGCAGAAUGUUUGAAAAUUAAUCUAGUUUUCUGUACAUUUAAAAUUUGAUUGAGAAGGUGACAACUGGCUCUUAUCCAGUCUUCCUUCAUAUCAGUUUUCUGAUAGACCACUAUUGGCAAACAGUAAUCUGUCAACUACCAAAUGUGUAAAAUUUUCUGUAUUUCACUUUGUCUUAUUUGUAAAUAGUGAACUAAAACUUCUGGCAGAUCAGCAACAUUUGCUGAGCCUGUUUUUUAAGCUAAUAUGUAUUCUUACUAAUGUUCCUAUCAAGAAUGGAUUUGUAAUAUAUGCUGUCUAUUUCUAAUGUUCACAUUCAUAUUUUGAGGUUCUAUCUUAUUUUAAUAGAGAACAGACUUCUCAGAAAAUCUUCAGAAGCAGCUUAUUAUUAAAAUAUCAAAAUAUUGAAAUAAACCCGGUGGGGUUAGAUUACUCAUCCGUCCACCAAGUGGGACAUUUGCAUGGACUGGGGGCUUAAAGGACUUAAAAGAGACCUGUAAGUAUAUCCUGAAAAUGAGCCAAUCAAUCCCCACUUGAAUGGUUACUGGAGUAAACCCACCUUUACUACCCUGAUUUCGGCACCUGAGGCAGAUAAACCACCUUGGCUCUGUUUUUUUCUUCUUUUCAUUUGUGAUGCUCAGAUCCAAGAUACGUGUGCUAGACUGUACAGGCUGCUCUUUUGUUGGGUUAAAAAUUUUUAGUCCUAUGUUUGUAUGGACAUGUUAGAAUGUAAAGUGACCAAAAUAGAAGACUUGCCAUUAGGUAUUUUUCAGACGUCAGCAGAUUUGUGGCAGAUAAUUUCUUUUUAAAAAUUCAGCUUACACAGUUCAGGCAGUAGACUACUUCGGAAAACAUUAUUUGACAUAAUUGUCUAAGAGGUAAAUAUUUUUUAGUGCGUAUUGAAUCAAAUAAAGUGCUCUAAAGAAAUUAUUA